AUGUUUCAAUCGUUCGUUCCAUCUGCUCUGGUUUAUUCAUACCAUCAUCCGAUUAAUGAUUGUACACCUAGACAAAAUUAUAAAUUACUUUCAUCUGGUGAACUCGAUUAUUUACGUGUGUAUUGUGGUGUUAAAAUCGAGUUAGAUGGGCAAUAUAUACCGGCUGGAAUAAAAUUACCAGCAACGCACCGUACACCAUUAUGUUUUAAGGUGUCAGCUAUCGCUGCUAAAGAAGAAAACUAUGAACGAAUUGAUACAGAAGGUACAACGCAAAACAUCUGGUAUGUUUUUAAUGGUGUUCCAAAUUAUGAUAUUCCUACACAUGCAUUUCAAAAACAAGUAAGCAAAUAUCGAUUGAGUUUAUCGAGAUGA